UUUGAUGUCCUUGUUUCUGAUAUUUUUGUCGUUGGCUGUGUUCAUCACUUUCACAUAAUUAAACCGCUGCAUAUUGCAAGGUGUACAGUCAUGUUGUCUUCUUAUAUUGUUUCCGUGCUGCUGCUGGCAACAUAUACGUUAGGAAAAGAAUGUAAUGAACUUGGAAUUUUACUUUACGAGGAUUUAGGAUGUACCCCUGAGUAUAAUGUCGAUCAGGAUUGUCCAACUAAGUACACAUGUAAAGGUUUGGAACCAUCCACUGACCACUGCAUCUUUCGAGGAAGAAGCUACGCAGACAAAGAAACAGUCAAUGAUACUUUUUCAUAUGGGACAUGCAGACUAGGAUGUUAUUGUACAACAAAUGAUGAUAACCCAAGAUUCCAAUGUGCAGUACUUGAUUGUCCAGAAUGGCUUGGUGGGCGCCCUCGUGAAGGUUGCUACAGCAAAUAUUCCUUGGGGAAAUGUUGUUCAACUGGUUCAGUUUGCCCCCCUUUCGAUGAUACUGACACGUGUGUAGUGGAAGGAAACGAAUACAAAGUCGGUCAAAAGUUUUGGCCAAGUCACACUUGUCUAGAAUGUGUUUGUCAAAAAGGAUUUAUUAAAGGAAAAUUCGAAGCACCCUUCUGCCAAAGUAGACUUUGUGGAGAACAACUGGACAGACACGGUCCAAGUAUUCAAGCGUCUUGCGCACCACUAUAUGGUAAACACGAAUCUAGAGGAAUAGUUUGUUGUCCUAAGGACUGGAUAUGCCCUGACGGAAAUGAAACCAUCAACGGCGAAAUUAAAUCAGAGGAAACUUGCAAAUUUGGAAACACAACUGUAAAAGUUGGACAGUACUUUGAAAGAUCAAAUACUAGGUGUGAGUGUGUAAUCCCUCCUCUUCUGAAAUGUAUUGAGGUGUAAAUUAUGUGCUUAAGGUUUUGUAUUUAAACUGUGCUUUGAUAAACUAUAAUGUUAAUCCCGUGCUUGAAACUAUUUUAUAAAUUUUGCUUCAGAACUAAACAUUAAAGAUUUUCUACAAAA